AAAUUUCUUCGUGAAGGGAUUUGUUGUUUUCGUCAGGAUCUUUAAAAAUAAUUUUUGAAAUUCUUCCAUACUAUACGACAAACCAGUUAUUUAUUUAGAACGGUUUGAAACUACGUUCAUUUGACUUCGAGAAGACUUGGUCCGCCUGUUGGUAUUUUAUGUGCUGGAGUUAUGAACAAGCAGUUAGAGCAAGUUUCACGUGUCACUACAGAAUGUUCUUCUUUUGUUUGGAAAAUCGAGAACUUUCCGUCUUUGCAGGCGAAGACAGGUGAAUUUGUUAGAAGUUCUGUUGUUAAAUGUUCAAACUCCCACUGGUGUGUCAAAUUGUUUCCCAAUGGAAAGUACAUUAAAAAUCAAGUAGAGAUUUAUUUCGAGUAUGUUGGAAUUUCCCCCUUACAAAGUUUACCCAAUGGAGUGGGGUACAAAAUUGGACUGAGGAAUCGCUCUGGCGAAAAUUGUUUCGAGCUGUUUCCCGUAACAGUUACACCGAGCGCUUCAAGUAAAAAUGAAUUUGAAUCGUCAACAAAUGUCAGCUUAGAGAGUGUUCAUACAGCAGUUACCACUGAUGCAUCAAGUACACAUGCAUCAUUGACAAGUACAACAUCAAGUAGCUCUUCUUUCAGUUUUGGUGCAGUUUGCACAGCUUCUUCACCUCUAUCUUCCGUUUCUUUUCCUGAAACUACUACAGCACCAAGUUCUCUUGCAAAAAAUAACUGCACAUCUACAACUACCAGCACAGCAAUUGCAUCAGGAUUUUGGUUGAAUGCUGUUUCUCUUUCGCCUGGCAAGUCGAUUUCAAAGGCUGACGUAUGUUCUGGUAAUGUGACAAAGUCCAAGUCUUCAGGUGUUGAAUCAAUAAGCAGAAAUACUUCAAGGUCCGAUAAACCUGAACGGGAGAAUAGUAUUCAACCGCAACCCCUGGUUCUCCAAAAUAUUUCAACCAAAGAGCCUAACUUUUGUUUCUUAAAUGAAAAAGAAAAAUCUCCUAAUUCUGCAUGGACCUCAAAAAGUGCCUGCUUCUUGGAAGCAAAUAAAGGAAUGGUUCUACCAAGGGAACGUCUGUUCAAAAUGGCGGAUGAUCUGUUGCCAAAUGAUGUGUUGACUGUUGUAUGUGAGAUGGAAGUUACCGUAGUUGUGAAGGUUUCUGAAUCAACUCUGGUUAACGAGAGUACUUCUUCCAAUAAUGGAACCAAGUUGUUGAUUGAAAAUCUCCAAAAUGCGUUUGAAAAUCCCAGAUUUUCCGACGUGACAUUGAAAGUGGGCGAUGUCCAGUUUCCUGCUCACAAGAUCAUCCUGGCAAACCGCUCCAAAGUAUUCGACGCGAUGUUCGACAGUGAAAUGAAAGAAAGUCAGGAAAAUGUCGUGAAUCUGGUGGAGAUGAAGCCUUCUGUUGCCAAGGCCAUGCUGAGUUACAUCUACAGCGGAAGCAUCCAGGAACUCUCCGUGGAUAGAGCGACAGACCUGUAUGUGGCGGCCGACAGAUAUGACAUGCCAGAGCUGAAGCAAUGGUGCAAGGAUUUUAUUCUGAAGCACAUUUCUCCGAAUUUCGCUUGUGAUGUGGCUAUACUGGCGAAUUUGCACGACGAUGAAGAACUGGCCAAAGCGUCGAAGCACACAAUCAAGAAUAACUUGAAGGCAGUUCUGAGCUCUGAGAAAUGGCUUUCUCUUUCCAAGGAAAGCCCUGCUGUGUACUUGGAGCUGUUACAAGUGGCUUUGUUGGAUGAUAGCGACUGA